AUGGACCAGGUCUACGUGCAUUACACUGGGGAUUGCAUAUUGAAGAUCGAAUUACUGGGCUUAUUCGAACUCAACGGCUUCUUCAUUACCCAGAAGGCACUGAUAUUGCUGGAGUCUGGCGUGAGUUUUGCUUUGAUAAAGCCAAACCAAUUGAAGAACAAUGGAUUCGCGAUGUUCAUUUCUUUGAUCAAGAACGUCAGCGGUUUUUGA